AGAGGCAGCGCCGGAGGCUGCAGCCCGCGGGCCCGAGCAGCUGCCGCGCGGCCGCGGCGGCCGCCGGCCCCGCGCCCGUGGUGCAGCCGGUCGCCUACGCACCUGCCAUGGGUGCGGACAGCAAGGUAAAGAUCAAGAAGGCCAUGACCGUUGAGGAUGCGCUGGAGAUGCUGACCGACAAGAAGAAGGUACAGUACCGUGGCGGGCUCAGCGGCAUCGUGCACGCAGCAGGCGUGAUGGAGUACACCCCUUUCCAGGAUCAUUCGCCCGCCAGGUACGAUUACACUUUCGCGCCCAAGUGCCAGGCGGCCUGGAAUCUGCACCAGUUCAGCGCGCUGAUCUGAGCGUUGAGCGCGCUGCGGCCACGCUCCGUGCGGGCGAGGGGUACUGCUGUUGGGGUAGGGUGUGGAGCUCCCGGAGUUUUAUUUGUGUGUAUUUAUUUGUGUGUCCUGGGGCCCCUUCAGGUGAAGCCACCUGCAGACGGUAAUGCAAGAACAGCCGGUGUGUACAGUAUUGCAGGUGUUGGCGCCCGUGUCCACUUGUAUAGACGCAACUGAAGAGACAGUCUGCCGUCGCAUGGCCAUCAAAAAGUAUUCCAUAACCGCUCACGGGAACAUGCGUGAUCUUUGCGUGCGUGUCUGCUGAAGCAGCUGUCACAAGAGUGACACGAGGCAGCCGCUGGCUGUCUUCGUAGAUGGUCCGAUGGUGGUGUGGAGCAGCAAUCGGGCGUCGUUGACCCCGUCCAUCGGCUCACAGAUGGACCUGGCAGCUGCUGCGAAAGGUGUCACAUUUCUGCCUCACUCCGGACACUGUAGCGGUUCCCUUCAACAAGUGUACGAAUCUCGCAGAAAUGAUGGGGG